AUGAAAUUUCCUCGUUACCGUGAAUCCUAUGUGCGACGUUUCCAUCCUUAUUCUCGCACGUCGCCUUCUAACCACGAGACUGCAGCACUCAUCUCGGAAGCCGAAUACCAGAUGGCCCUCUCCCGCCAGCCGAGGUCAAGCUUUGCCUUGCCGUCCUUUAUGUUCGAAGGCGGCGAGAUACAAAUUGUACCCUCCGCGCCUGGUAGCGGGGACGCUUUCGACGUGCAGACCCCGGCGGGGCGUCGUAGGAUGAGAUUGAUGAUAGACUAUCUGGUGACAUGUCUUGAUGUUAUUCUGAGGAGGAAGCGAGAGGAGAAGCUAGAGGAGAGGGGGAGGGAGGAAGAUAGCGGAGAAGUCUACCUCUGA